AUGGAGCCCAUGGGGCGGCUGAACAGGCCCGGGAAAGACACGCGCUCCAAGGAGUUUCAAGCACAAGGCUUCCUGGGCUUUCGGUUGGCCAUCAUGGCAUACUUGGGAGACAAGUUCGAGUGGAAACUUUAUCCUCGUGAUGCCCGCAUCCGUGCACGUAUUCAUCAGUACAUGAACUGGCACCACCAGAACACCCGACGGAUCACCAUGGCACUGUUCGCUCCGGUGAUGCGACCGGAUUUGAAGAUCUCUCCCGAGCAGACGAAGCAAUGGAUGAAGGAGAUUGCACAGACUCUCCAAUCCAUCGAGCGCUGGCUGAACGAGAACCCGUGGCUAUGUGGCCCGGCGCCCACUGUGGCGGAUUUGUCUUGCAGCUUGGCCAGAGGAUCGCAAGCCACAAUUCCACAAAAAGCACAUCGGAAAAGUCUAUAA